CGGAAGCGCGCGCCCCGCCGCCGGACGGGGAUUGGCGGGGGCGCGCAGGCGGAAGCGCGGUGCGGGUAAACAAGCCGUCAGUCCGGGGGUAUCGCAGCGCAGGCGGGCAGCCGGAGCGAUGGGCGCCGCUCUCGGGGCUUGUUCUUUAGCCAGCUGGGUACCGUGUCUAUGUGGCAGUGCACCAUGCCUUCUUUGCGGAUGCUGUCCCAGUGGGAAGAACUCAACAGUGACUCGUCUGAUUUUUGCAUUCUUUCUGCUGCUCGGAGUGGCAGUGGCUUGUAUCAUGUUAAUGCCAGGAAUGGAAGAGCAGCUCAAGAAGAUUCCUGGGUUUUGUGAUGGUGGAAUGGGCACCACCAUCCCUGGUAUCCAUGGACAGGUGAACUGUGAUGUGCUGGUUGGAUACAAGGCAGUGUACAGGGUUUGCUUUGGCAUGGCAAUGUUCUUCCUUCUGUUUUCCUUGCUGAUGAUUAAAGUGAAGAGCAGCCAGGACCCAAGGGCUGCAGUACACAAUGGAUUUUGGUUCUUUAAAUUUGCCACAAUGGUUGCAAUCACAGUGGGUGCCUUCUUCAUUCCAGAAGGACCCUUCACAACAGUCUGGUUCUAUGUUGGAAUGGCUGGUGCGUUCUGUUUCAUUUUAAUCCAGUUGGUCCUACUCAUUGAUUUUGCCCACUCCUGGAAUGAGUCAUGGGUUGAAAAAAUGGAAGAAGGCAAUUCCAGGUGCUGGUAUGCAGCCCUGCUGUCGGCAACUGGCGUGAACUAUCUUUUGUCCUUGAUUGCCAUAGUUCUCUUCUACUGCUACUACACGCAUCCUGAGGGCUGCAUUGAGAACAAAGUCUUCAUCAGUUUAAAUAUGCUGUUAUGUGUGGCAGCCUCUGUUAUGUCCAUCCUGCCAAAGAUACAGGAAUCUCAGCCCCGAUCUGGUUUGCUGCAAUCCUCCAUCAUCACUUUGUACACCAUGUAUCUUACAUGGUCAGCAAUGACUAAUGAACCAGACCGAAAAUGCAAUCCAAGUUUAUUGAGCAUGAUUGGGUACAAUAGCACAGGGACUUAUGUCCCCGGUCAAGUCAUCCAGUGGUGGGAUGCACAAGGCAUUAUAGGACUGAUUCUGUUUUUACUUUGUGUUCUUUAUUCAAGUAUUCGAACAUCAAACAACAGCCAAGUUAACAAACUCACUCUAACAAGUGAUGAAUCAACACUUAUAGAAGAAGGAGUUCCUCGAAGUGACAGCUCACUGGAUGAUGGCAACAAUACACAUCGCGCAGAGGACAAUGAGAGAGACGGUGUCACCUACAGCUAUUCCUUCUUUCAUUUUAUGCUAUUUUUGGCGUCCCUUUACAUUAUGAUGACACUAACCAAUUGGUAUAGUCCUGACUCCUCUUAUGAAAUGACCAGCAAGUGGCCAUCAGUUUGGGUUAAGAUUUCUUCCAGCUGGAUUUGUAUUCUGCUCUAUGGAUGGACACUGGUUGCACCACUUGUUUUGACAACUCGUGACUUUGAUUGAAGAGCCAACAUUUAAAGCAUGUGGCUUGUUGUUUCAAUGUCUAGUUAGUCUUGUGAUUAAAACUCAGCUAACAGUAUUUGAAGACCACCGCAUAAUUAUAAACAUGGGUGUGUGUGUGUAAAGCUUUUCACUUUUAUUGCAUGGCUAAUACCUCAGCUUUGACAUGUUCAACAGAUUCAGUGGAUAAUCUAGUGCUGAUGAAUGCAAACAUCAAAAUGAUUUGCCUAUAUUGAUGGUAAAUAUCAGUGUCAUAUUAAAAUAUUGUUGUAUACUAAAUAUUUAAAGAGGAAAAAGCUAGCUUUUGUCUUAAUGUGUAAUUGGUCUGUAGAAAUUUUCUUAGUGACAAGGAUAAAGCUAGUCAAUAAUAUGAUUUAGAAUACUAUCUACAAAAUAAAUGACUCGCUGUGUAGUGACAAAUGCAACUUGCACUUAAGUAUUGGAAUUGUUUUCUGGAAUUUCAGGGUGUAUAUACUUAAUGUUAGAUUUAAAGAUAGAUCAAUACUGAUCGCUGACUAGCCUUGCUUUAUCAGAUUUAAUUUUGCCAUUUAGUAAACUAGAAGUGAUUGUGGAAAUGGUUGUGGAUUUUAUUAUAAACAUUAAAUUUGGAAAUGAGUAUCACUUUAAUAUAAAUUUGAUGUUAACUUUAUUGAAACUCCAGCCAGGAAUGAGAUAGCAAAAGUGAUGAGGAUUUCAAAGUACUGACUUGUAAAUUGGAAAUUAAGAAAUCCUUCAUGAUGGAAAAACAACUAUUUAUAAUAAGGAUAAGUUUCUAUUGAAGCUUUAAUGCCAAGAUCAGUAUCAAUUAAUUCUAUGCAAAUUUAAAUCUAAUUAGUUGCUGUAUAUGAAUACUUUUAAGAUCAAUCUACAUGUCACUUAACAUUUCAACUUUGUAUUGACUAUAUAUUUUUAGUUGUGUUGUAUUUCAAAUAAACUCAAACCAUGA